GUCUGUGGGCAGUAGCCAAUAACGCAGGAAUUUCAUGUUUCGGUCAGGCUGAGUGGUGCAGUGUUGAUAUGUUCAAACGAAUCGCUGAUGUCAAUCUAUGGGGGACUGUCCGGGUUACAAACGCCUUCACUCAUCUUGUGAGAAAAUCAAAAGGUCGAAUCGUGAAUAUCGGAAGCGUUCUGGCACGUCAAGGAACAGCCGGUUUCUCGCACUACUCCAUCAGCAAACAUGGUGUCGAGGCCUUCACCCAGUGUCUACGAUACGAGCUCCGGAACUUCGGUGUCCGUGUCAGCAUCGUCGAGCCCGGUAACUUCAUGGCCGCUACCAACAUCUACACCAAUGAGAACAUCGACAAUGUCAGAGACGAGCUGUGGGCGAACAUGAAAGAGGAACAGAAAGCUGUCUUCGAGAAGGAUUUCAAUAACAUGGUCGAUAUCGUUAGGUUCUCAAGGACAAUCGGUUCAGCGGAUCCUUCACCUGUUGUAGAUUGCUUCCUGGACGCAGUCUUGAACGAGAGUCCGCGAAUACGAUACGAACCGAAGGACGUAUAUUGGACGAUUCGUACAGUAAUCAUGGCGCAUUUUCCUGAAGAGAUUUCAGAUCUUAUAUUUUGAUGUUAUCGAUCUAACGUCAAGUUCUACAUAAGAAUAUAAUUGACUGAGAUGGCUGCCUGCUCUUUGCUGCGAUAUUUAAAAGUACAGCUGCCAAGAAUGUCCAACACGCCAUCAUUUGUAGAGGAAAUAUCAAAGGAGGCGGAGCUAAAGAAGAAGAUGUAAUAACAAAAAAGUUUUAGGAAGCCUACAGCGAUUAAAAGAACACGUAGAAAGGAAAAGAAGGAUGGUGUUGAAGUGUAAAAUGUAGCCGAGUUUGAGAAUGCAAUUAUGAACUCAGAUGUUUUAAAAACAUCUAUUAGUAUAGGAAUUAUAGUGAGGUAGGCCUAACUAACGGUGAUGGGCUAGGUAUACCUAUACUGAAUUAUUGCGGUGAGGGCGUCGUUUAAUUUUUUCAAGAAUAUGUAUCCCAUUUCAGCUCAGAGAACUUUGAUGGCUUCAAUCGCAAGGCUGGAGUAGUCAUCUUAUAUACUGCUGCUAAAACUUGAAUACUAUCAGGGCGUUUUUGACUUUGUAUAUUCUAUGGUGUUUCCACAUUUUAUUCAUAUUACUACCGCGUCUGUGUAUAUCUGCUCCUAAUAUCUUACCUUGGAGAAAUUUAUAGAUUGUACUAGUUCAGAGUGUUUUUUCUUAGAGUGAAAUUCUAACUCGAAAAGAAAAUGAGUGCAGAGUAAGAUAUAUUCAUACCCUGAAUAUAUAUCAUAAAAUUAAUUACAUUCGCCAUCGCACUGUUUAUCAAUAGUCUUUAAGAAACGAUAUAGAUAGGGGGAUUGAUGUCAAUGAUAAUAAACACAGUUUUGAUUAUGCGCCAUCUAAUAUAGUAAACUAUGAAGAUGCGUAGAAUCGUCUCUUUUCAGAACAGAGAAACUGUUGCUCUCUCAGAUAGAGAUGGAAACGAAAAUUUAAAAAAUCAGUUUAAAUUUUACCACUCUGAAAUAGAAUUUGUCACAUUUUCCACAUUCUAUAGUAGGAUAAAACCAUCUGUAUUCACAUUCACGUUAAGAUAUGCGUGUAGGGUGUGUUUGUGUGUUUUUUUACCUUUAUAUCAAAUCUAACACCUCAGUCUGCCCACCCUAUAUUCAAAUCUCAAUGGAUUGAAAUUCAGAUUCAUUGAGAUUGAAAAAUAAAUUUGUAGAAUUAAAACUAAAUCCGGAAUUCGAUUGGCACCUAACUACAUGGAUUUAUUUCAAUCCCUGCAAUUAAGAGUGUAAUUUAUCCUUAAAUAUAAAAAUCCUUAUUGUAAUAAUGCGAUAAUAAUAGUAAAAGAAUCGUUUCUUAGAACGCUUUUAUAAGAUAUAACGACAAUUCCAAUGAUAGUGAUAGCUUUUGAUAAUGUGAUUUAAUUAACAUUUCUAUUGGAAUGUAUUUCCUGCCGGGUCCCCAUUUUCUUAUUCGCUUUUUAAAUUUACAUCAUGUGUUUUACAUAAAGCUAUUUCAUAACUGAAUCUUUUCAUAAAGUUAAACGACUGGUGUCCUUUUCUUGUGUAUAGCUAGCACAAGCUCACGCAAGGCCUUGCGUGUUUUUAUGAUACCACCACCCUGGUUCGAGCGUGCCAAAAUAAUGUAGACCAACCCCUUGCCAAAUGGCGUUUAUAUUAUGGAGGGAUUCAAACCCCGAACCUUGUAAUAUCUACCAGACCAUGACACACUGUCAUCAUUUUAUCUUGAAAACUAUUCUCAUUUCAAAUUUGGAAGAUUUAUUCAUAACAGUUCAUGCCAGUUAUAUCAUACGAUAUGAAUAUUACUAUCAUGUGUGGAGCGUUGUGGCCCAGUGGAUUAGUCUUCGGACUUUGAAACAGAGGGUCGUGGGUUCGAAUCCCAGC